AUGACAAAAGCUGUCGUUCUCGGAGCUGCUGGCGGUAUUGGACAACCGUUGUCAUUACUGCUCAAGACUAGUCCUCUGAUCUCUGAGCUCGGUCUAUAUGAUAUCGUCAAUACUCCUGGUGUAGCUGCCGAUCUGUCGCACAUUGACACGCCUGCUAAAGUUGAGGGCUACCUCCCUCCUGACAACGGGCUUGGCAAGACCCUCAAAGGCGCAGAUGUUGUGGUUAUCCCUGCAGGUGUCCCGAGGAAGCCAGGAGUAAAUGACGAGUCGUGGCGUAGGGAUGAUCUCUUCAAGGUCAACGCUGGAAUCGUCCGCGAUCUCGCCAUUGGUAUUGCUGAGCACGCCCCCAAAGCUUUCGUGCUUGUCAUCUCAAACCCGGUCAAUUCAACUGUUCCGAUAGUCGCCGAGAUCUUCAAGCAGAAGAAUGUAUUUGAUCCAAAGAGGCUGUUCGGAGUGACGACAUUGGAUGUUGUCCGCGCUUCCACAUUCGUUGCGGAAAAAAUCGGAGACCUUUCAGUUGCACCCGCUGUCACGGUUCCUGUUGUCGGUGGACACAGCGGUGUUACCAUUGUUCCACUUCUUUCACAAUCCUCUCACCCUUUGCCAGCAGAUCUGACGGAGGACGGCAUUAAAGCGCUGACGAACCGUGUCCAAUAUGGUGGUGAUGAGGUCGUCAAAGCAAAAGAUGGUGCAGGCUCCGCGACUCUCUCUAUGGCUUAUGCUGGCGCGGAGUUCGCCGCGAAGCUGUUGCGCGCAAUCAAAGGUGAGAAGGGCAUCGUUGCCCCAACAUUCGUGCAUCUCUCGGCACAUGAAGGUGGAAAGACAGUUCAAGAAGAAAUUGGAGCACCUCUCGAAUAUUUCUCGACUCGUGUGGAACUUGGGGAAAAUGGUGUAGAGAAAAUCAACCCUCUCGGAAAGAUUUCCAGCUACGAGCAGACCCUCUUGGAGGCUGCUGUUCCUGAACUCAAGACUAACAUCGAGAAGGGCAUCUCUUUCAUCCAAAACCCGAAACUCUAA